AUGGCAACCGGAACUCGUUUGAUGCAAGAGAUCAGCGACCAAUUUUUGAACUGUAAAAUCUGCUUUGAAAACUUUCGAGAUCCAAAGACUUUGUCGUGUCUGCACACGUUCUGCUGUACAUGUUUACAGAACCAAUACGACCAAGAGAAAACUGAUUUACCCACCGGCGGGGUUAAGAGACUUCCAGACAACUUUCUGGUCUCCAAUUUAACAGAGGUCCUGGCCAAGAGGACCGUCUCGAAAAUCCCGCCUUGUGAGAUCUGCUCCACGGUCCGAGGUAAGAACAUCGACGCCUGCAGCAAGUGUCUGGACUGCAGCAAGAUAAUCUGCCGGACCUGCGUGGACUUGCACCUGUCUACGAAGGUAACACAGCAGCACAGCCUUAUUGAUCUUGAAGGGGAAAAGGACAUUCAGUGCAAGGCACAUCCCGAUGAGUCUGUGCGGUUUUACUGUGAGCCCUGUGAUGCCUGCAUCUGUGUGGUCUGCACCUUCCAAGAACACAAGGACCAUGAGGUGUGCUCUUUCAAGUCGCUGGUGGGUCGGUGCAAGGAACGUCUUGUGGACGUCAGCUCCAGGUUAAACGUCAUUGAGAAAUACGAGACCUGUGUCAAAGACGUGAAGGAUAGAAUACGAGAUUUAGCUAUUAAUUAUAUUUCCCAGGUGCGUGCCAAGGAGAAAGAACUGAUGAAACGAAUAGAGGAAGAGUACGGAGGGGAAAUAAAGGAGUUUGUCGACCAUAAACAAACUCUACAGGAAAACAUGGACGAACUACAAAGCGCCUGCAAUCUAACCGACAUCAUGCUGAAGGACAAAAGCGUUGAACUCCUACUCAUUAAGAAGGACAUCGAGAGUAAGAUGACCCAACUUUUGCAGCCAAUUUUACCAGACCCACCUUCUGACCCCAAAUACGACGUUAGGUUUGUCCCUGGCAAUGUUGUUUUGGGUCGUCUUUCGUUUGGGGAAGAUCCUCAAAGUUUGGAUAACACUAGCGACAAAGAGGACUUGAUGAUGAUGACGUCAAAGCUGGGUUAUGACAGAUGUAUGCCCCAAACUAAUGACCCGGAUGUUAUUAAUGAUACGACACUGACCGAGAAAGGCGGGACAAAAGAGAUGUCAACUUCAAUGUUGUCGGAUAUGAGAGGCGGGAUCACUCAUACAAAUUCACAAACUGAAGCUGCUUCUCUCAUUUCGCGUGAUACUUCCACCAACCUCGUUGAGACCAGGGAAAGAGGCGUUUUUGCAAUGGCGAAUGAUAUGAAAGCUAGAGGAACAAUGACUGACAGAUCAGACGUAAGGUCUCUUAAAUGCCAAACGGAAAUACCAAAUUCUGAUAAGUCAUCGAGCGAAGUAGCAGGACAUUCUGCAGAGCAAAGCAAUCGAUCAGAGACUACAAGUACUAUUUCAUGGAUUACAAGUUCUGCCUCAGCAACAUCUCCAUCGCCAACCUCGUAUUCAGAUGCUUCUGCAACAGGCAGAGGUCAUCGAGAAGCAGCAGCUAUAGCAGCACUAACAAAAAGAACAGAGUCAACUACAGCUGAGCUUCAUCAGUCAUCAUCAGUAGGUGACUGCCGACCUGCUCCAGAUCUUCUGCCUACAUCAGCGGCACUUGGUGCAUAUGUGUAUAGUCCCAGUCGCAGGAUACGAAGUAUUAAGAUACAAACUGAAAUAUCGGCGUUAGAUGUGGAAGCUGUAGCCAGCUCUGCAGAUACGGACUUUGUGAAAAACAUUGUACAAAGUCAGAUAUUCGCAGAGAAGCUUAGACAAGAGAAGGAGAAAGCUGCUUCGCGUUUUCUUUAUAGGGAUCGACCAAGACGAGUUCGGACAACAAAUACAGAAGCAGCCACAGUUUCUAAUGAAUCUGUAGCGUCUGAGAAGGCUGGAACAUCCUCUGAACGUCGUCAGUCACAAACUGAAAGUGUUCAAAAGGCUUGUACAUUGACCAGCACAGACACCCAAACAGACUUAAUCGAGCACGAUGACUCCAGUACAGGCACCAACAAUGAAAGCCUCAUAGUUAAAACUACAUCGACCCAGUCAAUUGUUAUGGACGACAAGGAAACGUGCACUCCAAUAACUAAGUUUGAAAGUAAAAUCACAUGGACUGACAUGUUGUCCACUUCUGAAAGAGCCACUUCGACAGUAACUACAGAGUCAUUCAACCGUUCCACAGGUACAAUCCCGGUGAAGACUGGUGACGCUGGAGUUCAGAUAAAACCUUAUGCGAAAACAAUAGCCACCAACACUACGCUGAUCACAUCCUCAGAGCAAGACUCGCAAACCAGCGCUGAAACAACAGAACAGGGAACAAUGCCGGACUUAGAUAUCCAGCUGCAGUAUGAGAGAAUAGAAAAAGAGCUUGGUAAAGAGCGUGAGGUCUUAGAGACCUCCGUAGAUUUUAUAACUCCGCCACAAUCGCCUGCAAAACCAUCAGUUACCACAGUAGAUAGGGCGACAGAUCCUAUCAAGACGCCAUGUUUUACGAAGGCAACGGAAACUGUCAGAAUCAAAACAGUGACUUCGUCGACAGAGACUCCAGUAAAAAAGUAUGUUGAAAAAGAUACUGCUACCUCUGAAAUUAAAUUCAUCGACCAGUGGACAGAAACGCCAGUUCCACAGCUUAUCAGUACUGGGGUAACUCCUCCCAUUCCUGCCACCAUAGAUGUAGGCGUGGCUACCAAUGUCGUUCUGACAGAUGAACAGGCCACAAGUACGGACGUGAAAGCCUACAGGGAUUCCCACACAGAAACGGUAGUUGUUCUAUGUGAUAAUGAAACACUAACAGAAGUUAUAAAAUACAUUGAUGCCCAAACUGGCGUGGACAUUUCCACAGACAAUCAGGAAUGCGAAACAGACAAGCUGGACAAUACAGACGAAAGCUGUAUGACUGACAACUGCAACUCAAGUGAAACAGUAAAGGGUGAAUCUCAGUCUACUCAGUGCGAAACACUGACCAGGAAUAGUAGAGCAUCUAGAACAAGAAGGAGAGCACAGGAAGUACAAACGACACUCACUUCAACAAUUUGCGAAACCUGCGGACACACCAAUGACGAAAACGGACAGUGUACCGCCCUAGAGACUGCCAAUUCUACAUCACCUGAGAUCAGAUCCGUUGAAGAACUUCGAAGCAUUUUGGCAAAGGAGUUCAAGGACAGUUCCACAAUGCCAUGUUUUUCGGACACACAGGACGUGGGUACCAUGGCGAUCUCUUGCGUCACAUGCCUCCAUGAUUUUCAAGAGACGGCAAUACAGACCACUCAGCCCAUCCUCUACGAUAAGUCUUCAGCUACGUCCUUUGAAACAGACCUGGAUUUUUUAGAGCGUACACUCAGCAGGGACUACCAUGACGCAGCAACGUCCACAGAAUCCUUGCCGUACAUUGGUCUGCUGAGUGAGAUAGACGUGGACGAACUCAUCGUGGUCCCUGGGGCAGCUUUUGAGCUAGUUUCCGACACCGAUUCAGAGUACGACCGGAUCAUGGUUGAUGACGAGACUUCGACCGAUUUUCUGCAGUCGGUUGAAGUUGGCACACAAACAUUUGUUCCCCUCGGCGAUGGAGCUGCUGUCAUGGAUUUCAGCGCCUCGUCUUUGACAGAAAGCACUAACAGCAAAUCUAUAGGAGAGGUAAUCAAAUCGAUGGUUCAGAGCCACGGUUUCAACCCCGAUAAUAUACCCGAGGAAUCUCUUUCAAAGCACGUUGUCAGCAUUGGAAUUAACACAAUACCAAAACUAACAUUUGAGAAGGAGACAUGUACCCCAAUAAGGCACUUGUUUAGCAAAGGCACAAUGACGUUCUAUGUAUCCAAAAUGGAUAAAUCUACAAGCACUCUAAACCAGGCUCGAAUUAUGACAGGGUCAGGGUUGACGAAAACUAAAUCAGCAGACAAGAUCACCAUGACAUCAAGGGCUGAGAAGAAAGACAUCGGCGUUGAGACAGAAACAGCAGCAAUGGAUGGGAGAAUAACCAAAUGUAUAACAAAACUACGCAGUGUGUCUGAGAAACUGAACAGUCCUCCAGCGAAGAAAGUAGCUUGUGAUAAGUUAGGCUCCACAAAUGGUGCAUGCGCUCUUGAAAAUCCUGAAGAGGAACGACAACGGCAGCUGAAAACACUGUUAGAGCAAACAAAUGCUUUGCUUAAAUGCAAAGAUCGAUCCCCAAAUCGCAAACCGCAGCCUAUAACUACGCUAAAAGGCAGGAUGCCUGCUACAGUGGACAACAAUGGCACUACAUCAUACCACACUUUAAAACCAGAAAGCAGGUAUGAUAGUAAAAGUUUGCCUCGAGGGUUUCCUUCAGACCGACCAGGAACUGUUAGAAUGGGGAGUCAGCCUUUAUCUCCCAGUCGUCUUCCUUUACUAAGAUACAACUCGGCACCAGGGAGAAUUGCGACCGUUCCAACCCAGACUUUGUUGAUAAAAUCAGGUCAGAUCACACCUGCUGUAAGUCCGUCAGCUUCUCCAAGAAUGUCACCAAGUAAGAUUCCUGUGUCGAAGAAGCCUAGCCCGCCGGAAUUUCAGGCUAGAUUAUCUCAGCAAAUACAGCAGCAGCAACAGCAGCAGCAACAACCACAACAAUCAAUAGACAGUCUAACCAAAGAACCACUAUCGGCGAUACCUCCACUGAGACGACCACUGCCUAGUAUAACCGAGACCAGAACGCCAUCCUCUUGCUCGGAUUCUUCAACUGCGUCUUACAUGUCAGCAGAAUCCAAUGCUUCUGUUGGUCAGGCCACUAACAGAUUAUCCAAAGAUGCCACAGCUGCAUCUAUAGUCCUAAAUAAAUCAGCUAUUGAAUCCGUGCCUCUAGAUUCAUCUGCUAAAGAACCACCUGGAGACAUCAAUACAGGACUGGCAGCAGCAUUCGGCCUCAUCGCCGUUACGCCAACAGCGGCACCAUCGCGAUCGUCAUCAACAAGCCUCACUUUGUCUGUAACUUCAGCUUCUAUGAGUGACAGCGUCUUCAAAAAAUCGUCCUCAGAUAUAAGCAAUAAUGCUGAUUCUAGCGACACCCUAGAAGACAAGCCUCUAACAGAGGACAAGGCAGCGCCUACGCCCCCAAAGAAAAGCAGCAUGGGCUUCAUGCAAAGAUUGUUGUCAAGAAAGAAGAAAGCCCCAGAAGCUAAGAAAGAACCCGUUUCUGUAAUCAAAUCUGGACCGCCAACUGCAGCAGCCGUUGCUGCCCUAGCUUCUGCGGCGCCACCCAUGCCAGCUCCUCCACCAGAAUCCUAUGCUCAUACUCCUCUGCAGCUACCUCCUCCUCAUCACUACCCUCCUCUCCCAGAGCACAGUUCUCCUGCACUGCCACGGAAGCCACGGCCGUUUGUCUACGUUCAACAACGGAUAGUCCCCAUCCAGCAAGACAACGUCGAGGAGAUGACAGACAAAAAAAUGAAACCGGACGACCAAAAGCUAGAGGAAGGGAAAGAGGAACACGAUUCUGGAAAAGACAAGCGAAAGGAGAAAGAGAAACCACCUGAAAAACAGAAAGAUAAAUCAAAGAAAGACUCUCAGGCAGAGAAAGAAAAGAAGAAAAAAGAAGAGAAAGAAAAAGUCAAAAUCAAAGAGGCUAAAACGAAGACCAAGAAAGCAGAUGAUAAAACUAAUUCUCCUGUGUCGUCUAAAAAAUUGGCUGGGGCGGACCGAGGAGACAAAAAAUGA